CCACUACGCCGUGUAACAGUGCUAGGGGGAUCUGAAACGUCGGUUGCAUUUAUUCAAGAAAAAGAAACAAAAACAAGAUGCCUGAAGAAAUGCGCCAAGAGGAGGAGGCUGAGACCUUUGCCUUCCAGGCAGAGAUCGCUCAGCUGAUGUCCCUGAUUAUCAACACCUUCUAUUCCAACAAAGAAAUCUUUCUCAGGGAGCUCAUCUCCAAUGCCUCUGAUGCCCUUGACAAAAUCAGAUAUGAGAGUUUGACUGAUCCCACCAAGCUUGAUAAUGGGAAGGACCUCAAAAUUGACAUCGUCCCCAACGCACAUGAGCGCACCCUGACCAUCUUUGACACUGGAAUCGGCAUGACCAAAGCCGACCUCAUCAAUAACCUGGGAACCAUCGCCAAGUCAGGGACCAAGGCCUUCAUGGAGGCUCUCCAGGCUGGUGCAGACAUCUCCAUGAUUGGUCAGUUUGGAGUGGGUUUCUACUCUGCUUAUCUGGUGGCUGAGAAAGUAGUCGUCAUCACCAAGAACAAUGAUGAUGAGCAGUAUGCCUGGGAGUCCUCUGCUGGUGGCUCAUUCACAGUUAAGGUUGACCAUGGUGAGCCCAUUGGCCGUGGAACCAAAGUCAUCCUGUACUUGAAGGAAGACCAGACUGAGUACAUUGAGGAGAAGAGAGUGAAGGAAGUGGUCAAGAAGCACUCCCAGUUCAUUGGGUACCCAAUCACUCUUUUCGUGGAGAAGGAGCGUGACAAGGAAAUCAGUGACGACGAGGCAGAGGAGGAAAAGGCCGACAAGGAAGAGAAGGAGGAAGGUGAAGACAAGCCCAAGAUUGAGGACGUUGGCUCAGAUGACGAAGAAGAUUCCAAAGACAAGGACAAGAAGAAGAAGAAGAAGAUCAAGGAGAAGUACAUUGACCAGGAGGAGCUGAACAAAACCAAGCCCAUCUGGACCAGGAAUCCCGACGACAUCACCACCGAGGAGUAUGGAGAGUUCUACAAGAGUCUGACCAAUGACUGGGAGGACCACCUGGCAGUUAAGCACUUCUCUGUGGAAGGUCAGCUCGAGUUCCGGGCCCUUCUCUUCAUCCCCCGCCGUGCCCCUUUUGACCUGUUUGAGAACAAGAAGAAGAAGAACAACAUCAAGCUCUACGUUAGGAGGGUGUUCAUCAUGGACAGCUGCGAGGAACUCAUUCCCGAGUACUUGAAUUUCAUUCGUGGUGUGGUAGACUCUGAAGACCUUCCACUCAAUAUCUCCAGAGAGAUGCUGCAGCAGAGCAAGAUCCUCAAGGUUAUCCGCAAGAACAUCGUCAAGAAGUGUCUGGAGCUCUUCGCAGAACUGGCUGAGGACAAAGAAAACUAUAAGAAGUUCUAUGAUGCCUUCUCCAAGAAUUUGAAGCUGGGCGUCCACGAGGACUCACAGAACCGUAAGAAGCUCUCCGAGCUGCUGCGUUACCACAGCUCCCAGUCUGGGGAUGAGAUGACCUCCCUGAAUGAAUACCUCACCCGCAUGAAGGAGAACCAGAAGUCAAUCUACUACAUCACCGGUGAAAGCAAAGACCAAGUGGCCAACUCUGCCUUUGUGGAACGCGUGCGCAAGCGUGGCUUUGAGGUCCUGUACAUGACGGAGCCCAUUGACGAGUACUGCGUCCAGCAGAUGAAGGAGUUUGACGGAAAGACUCUGGUCUCAGUCACCAAGGAGGGCCUGGAGCUGCCAGAGGAUGAGGAGGAGAAAAAGAAGAUGGAGGAGGACAAGGCCAAGUUUGAGAACCUCUGCAAGCUCAUGAAGGAGAUCCUGGACAAGAAGGUUGAGAAGGUUACUGUAUCCAACAGGCUGGUGUCUUCUCCUUGCUGCAUUGUGACCAGUACCUAUGGCUGGACCGCUAACAUGGAGAGGAUCAUGAAGGCCCAGGCGCUGAGGGACAAUUCCACCAUGGGCUACAUGAUGGCCAAGAAGCACCUGGAGAUCAACCCCGAUCACCCGAUCGUUGAGACCCUGAGACAGAAGGCCGAGGCAGACAAGAACGAUAAAGCUGUUAAGGACCUGGUUGUCCUCCUGUUCGAGACCGCCCUCCUGUCCUCUGGCUUCUCCCUGGAUGAUCCUCAGACACACUCCAACCGCAUCUACAGGAUGAUCAAGCUGGGACUGGGCAUCGAUGACGACGAUGUCGCCACAGAGGAGCCAAGCUCUGCAGCCGUCCCAGAUGAGAUCCCACCGCUGGAGGGCGAUGACGACGCAUCUCGCAUGGAGGAAGUGGAUUAAAAACCCCAAACUACCUAAUUCAAAAGCCACACACUUCCUGAUGUAAUAUGUACUUGUAACCUUGAUGGGGGAACCUGGUCAUUGUCCUUCAUUGUUUAAAAAAAAAAAAAAAAUUGACCAGCGUUGCUUUGUCUUGAGCCAUAUUCCAAGAAAAAAAAAAAAAAACACUUUUAAUUAUUUGUUUUAUAAGAUGGAUGUAACAGAUUGAGAGGGCAGCUCUGUCCAGUAAAGCACCGUGUUGCACUGAGAUUCUUGGUGUGAGGGGUUUCGGGGGUGUGAUGGCGGGGGGGGGGGAGGGGAAGAACAUUCCAUUUGACAGAUCAUGGAGGGAUGGAUGGGUUGGCCCUGCUGUUUUCAGUGUAACUCAUGCACUGCAUGGUAAUGUGGACUGUAAUAUUCAUUUGCCUGAUUCCAGGCAUGUGCAUUCAAUUUAUUUCUCUUUUUUUUUUUGCAGAAAUUAAAGAUAUGUUGCCAUAA